AUGGAGGAGGUGGAGUGCGACGUCGUCAUCGUCGGCGGGGGCCCCGCGGGCUGCACCUGCGCCCUCUACACGAGCCGCGCGGACCUCAAGACGGUCAUCGUCGACAAGAACCCGGCCGUCGGCGCGCUCGCGAUCACGUCGCACAUCGCCAACUACCCGGGCGUGGACAAGUCCAUGACGGGCACGGAGCUCCUGGACCAGAUGCGGGACCAGGCCGUGUCCUACGGCACGGACUACCGGCGCGCGCAGGUCUUCAUGGUCGACACGGACGGCGAGUUCAAGAUGGUCUACACGCCCGACGCGACGAUCAAGGCGCGCGCGCUGGUGCUGGCCACGGGGGCCAUGGGCCGGCCGCCGUCCUUCGCCGGCGAGGGCGAGUACCUGGGCAAGGGCGUGUCCUACUGCGCGACGUGCGACGGCGCGUUCUACCGCGAGUCCGAGGUCGCCGUCGUCGGCACGCACACGGACGCGAUCGAGGAGGCGACGUUCCUCACCAAGUUCGCGUCCACGGUGCACUGGAUCACGUCCAACGAGCCCAAGGCCGACGACGCGGAGGCCUGGGAGCUCAUCGGGCUCGACAACGUCAAGCACUGGCCGCGGACCGCGAUGAAGGCCGUCGAGGGCGACGCCUCGGGCGUCACGGGCGUGACCAUCAAGCCCCGCGGCGAGGACGAGCUGCUGCUGCCCGUCGAAGGCUGCUUCAUCUACAUGUCGGGCUCGAAGCCCAUCACGGACUUCCUCCAGACGGGCCAGGUCGAGUUCAGGGACGACGGCGGCGUCGCCGUCGACGACAACAUGGCCACGUCCAUGCCGGGCGUCUACGCCAUCGGCGACAUCCGCAACACGCCCUUCAAGCAGGUCGUCGUCGCCGCCUCCGACGGCUGCAUCGCCGCGAUGGACAUCGACCGGUACCUCAAGGGCCGGAACAAGGUCCGCGUGGACUGGGUCCACGACACGUGA